AUGGAAAGAUCCUCCCUCUGCCCACAGCUUCCCGGCAGCCACCUCCUCCGGCUUCCUUCCCCAGGACAGGCGGCGCAGGCAGGGCCGGGUGCAGGCAGGGCCGGGUGCAGGCAGGCGCUGAGCCCCCCUUUUUCCCCACUCUCACAGCUGCAGUUCCCCUUGCCGGAGUUCAUCCUGGCCAUGGGCUUCUUCCUGGUGCUGGUGCUGGAGCAGGUCGCGCUGGCGCAACGGGAACCGUCGUCCAUCCCGGAGGAAACGCGGGCUCUGCUUCCCACCGGUUCCAUCCAAACCCCUUCGCCGCAGCCUCCCAUCGCCGGCGCCCGCGGCGCCGUCCGCGCCGGGUUGCUGGUGCUGGCGCUGGCGCUGCACGCCGUGCUGGAGGGGCUGGCGCUGGGGCUGCAGGAGGCGGAGGGGGCCGUGCUGCCCGGCUGCCUGGCCCUGCUGCUGCACAAAUGCGCGGUGGCCUUCAGCCUGGCGCUGAAGCUGCUGCGGGGUCGCCUGCGCUUGCCGGCGGUCGUCGCCUGUUUGGUUCUCUUCGCCAUGAUGUCGCCUUUGGGCGUGGGGUUGGGGACGGCGGUGGCGGCGGGCGCGGGGCCGCGGCAGCGGUUGUGCCGGGGGGUGUUGGAGGGGUUGGCGGCCGGGACCUUCCUCUACAUCACCUUCCUGGAGAUCCUGCCCCAGGAGCUGGGGGUCCCGCAGCACCGCGUCCCCAAGGUCAUCCUCCUCCUCGCCGGCUUCGCCCUCGUCACCGCCAUCCUCUUCAUCAAGAUCUGA